CCCGUCUUGUCUAACUCUUUUUCUUUUAUCUUCAGAAACAACUUAACCCAUCAUGUCUUCUGCUUUCGGAAACCGGGGAAGUCCAAAUGCUCCACCAACUCCACGGAGGCCACCAGCUGCUGGAGGACACCAAGUGCGAUCAGCAACCAUCAAGGCUCCGGAAGGACUUGAAGCUGUAAAGACCAAAAAUAGAAGUGUCAAGGUGCGAUGGAACCCUGUCAAUUUGGACCAGCUCCCAGCAGGCUAUCAGCUUCUUGGCUACUGUCUAGAACAGCGCAUUAUGGAGACGGAAUACGAAGGUCCGAAGCCAUGGGUCUCUGCACAAGGACUCAGGAAAGUUUUGGAUCCUGCCAUUGCAGACUUCACAGUUGUUGACCUGACACCUUAUGAGGACUACCUGAUUUGUGUGAGAUCAGCCGCCUUACAACAGGAGCGAGUGAUCAUUGGCAAGAGAUCUGUGCCCAUUCAUGUUGUGACGCGAAAGCCACAUCAGCCAUACCGACCAAGGAGCGUGCAGAUGGACGACACCCACGGGUCCCUCAUACUGACGUGGGAAGAACCAUCACCUGCUGCAGAUGUCAGUCCUGGAUCCUACGAAUAUGUCGUCGAGAUGUGCCUCUAUGUUGACGACAAAACUCUACGUGAAUGGACAGAGUGCUGCAAAACAAAACAAUGCAAGUUCCCCAUAAAGGAGCAUCAGAUGUGGAAAAUCAAAGUGAACCGCAGCGGAGACUACCGAUUCCGUGUUUCAGCCAACAAUCCAGAACCGGAAAAUAGUGUCAGAAGCCUUCCACAAGAAAUGGGAGACCCAGAGAUACCCAUUAGAAUUGAAGCGCCGUGGUCGAAACAGCUGUUGAAUGCAGCUGCUGAAGCACUGUGGCGUUUGCCUGGUAGAUUAAUAGGACGGGAGCAUGGAAGCAUCAUCUUCGUCAUCUCCUGUCAUGACGUCAUCAGCCUCCGUGACCUGUGGAUGAACUACAGGCUGGGGAAGGUAAAGAAGUUCUUCCAAAACCUGUUUACUCACCGGACCAGGCCUGCCUCUGUGGUCACAGACACAGAACUGAAGAUAAACAUUGAGGAACAAGAUUUCUACUCCUGCCGCCGACACCUCCUGCUGACCAGGCCUACAGACAAAGGGUUUAGAGUAGCAAGACUUGGAGAUACUCACUCCAGAGGCAAACCACUGGGCCUAAGUGAAGAUUACCCAGUCUACUGCAAACCCACAUCUCACAGGACAACCUGCCCACGGCUGGACUUUUUGGACCCUGCAGUUUCAACCACUCGACUUAAAGUGAAGCAUGAAGAACAUGUGCGACUCCGACCAGGACGAGGACUGGACCGUACUACUUCUGUUGACAACCUACUGGUCCUGCCACCUCCUAGUAGACAAGUGGACCAUUCCAGCCUGAGAGCCUUAGACCUGGCCGUGGUUGGUAGAGAGGACAGGUCCUGUGCAGAUGGGGCUGAUGACGUCUCAACACUGAAGUUCAGAGGCAGACAGGUGCAGGCAGUUGUAAGAACAGGUAGGGAGAAAUCAGAAGGGCAGGCUAGACAGCUACAAGAGCAGGGACAGAUGCAGACAGCCAGAGAGGAUACAGAAGUCAUGGUGCACCUUCUGCGGAAGGAGGUAAUCAGACUGACAGAGCAGAAGGAUAAAGCAGACAAAAUCCUCGUCGAACAUAAGCUGGAAAUCCAGCAGCUCAAGGGGGUAAUUAAGAUCAUGAAAGUUGCAAUAGAAGAACUGCUGUAUGACAAAUAUACAGCAAAGGCUCUGAGUCAGGGUCAAGGCCAUGGGAGAGAAGGAGACCCGGCUGAGGAGAAAGCCUCUGCAUCUGAGGAGAAAGCCUCUACAUCUGAGGAGAAAGCCUCUACAUCUGAGGAGAAAGCCUCUACAUCUGAGGAGAAAGCCUCUACAUCUGAGGAGAAAGCCUCUACAUCUGAACUUUCUGAACCAGAAGAGAAACCAGUGGCUUCUAACACAGCUAAUAAAGAUGUUACAGAUUUUUUCGCCAUAGUGGCUUCACUGAAUCUACCAUGGGAAGGUAUUGGGAGAAACCUGAGUCUGCCCGAUGCUACCAUCGAGCGAAUCAGACAGAAACACAAAGAUGACACAUCAACAGCAGCAGCAGCAUUGUCGCAGCAUGAUGACACUGAGAGAUGCUGUACACAGUGCUGUUUGGCAGCACUAGAAGAGUGGCAACAUCUGUCUGGCACCAGCGCAUCCAUAGAGGGACUGAAGACAGCACUGAGAGCACCAGGACAGGGUGCCAUCGCGGAGGAGUUAAGCAAAAGAGAGCAGCUAAUGAGUGAAAUGGUUUCGCCGAGCAAAUUGACAAGCAUGAUGAAUCUUCACGCAGAUGUCUAUGAUGUGAUACAGGAUAGGAUGCGAUCCGUGUGUCGUAUUAACUGGCCUGGGGGGUCUGGAACCGGUUUCCUGUUGAGUAAGGGAAAGAUUCUUACAUGUUACCAUGUGUAUAAGUUAAUGAUCGAUGCCUCAAGAAUGUUCACUGAUAUAAGUUUGUUCACUGCAACAUUCUUUGUGUCUUCUGCAGAAGAAUACAAAGUUAGCUUUCCUUCCACCACCCUCAAAUGUCAUAGUGAAGAAUCUGACCUAAACUAUGCCAUUCUGCAAUUGUCUGUAGAUGAUGAAACAGCGAGUGUCAUUGACAGCCUGCCUUGCCUUGGGCGGUACAUAUCAGAAAGCGAAGACAACCGUAACAUGGUAGUUAUUGUUGGGCACCCCUACAGUGGGAGCAAGAUGGUUGACUUCUGUCCCAUCGUUGGCAUGGACCAACGCUACAUCAUCCAUGCCCGCUUUAGGAACCCUGAAUUUCCCCAUGAAGACCCACGCAAACCUCUGUACCAUACAGGUGUCAUGUUCCACGGCUCCUCAGGCUCCCCAGGGUUUGACACGAAAGGUAAUGUAGCGCUCAUGCACACCCGAGGGUUCUACUCUGACAUGAGCAGACAGAGCAUCGUUGAGCAAGGGGUUAGUCUGUCUGCCAUCAGAGACCAUGCGCGUCAAAACCUGGCACCUGAUGACUUAAGCGAGAUCUUUCCUGAUACUAGCGAUACUUUCCCAAUGGAGGUUGUUGAUGUGGAAUAUUGAUUAUAAUCCUCAUGAAGCGUACACUAGUACUCAUAGUCAUGGACAUGUUCACUACUAAAUAGACUGUCUCACUGCAUAGAUGAUUUAUUGAUACCAUUAUAUUUGAGGACUUUAGCGAGGUCUUUCCAUUGUCAUUUGAUUAUGGCAUAUUUGCAGUAACAUUUCAUCAUGUACAUGUGUAUGGUAUACCGGUAUGCAAAGAAAAUAUCUGAUUAUACCAAAUGAUGCAUACAACUUAGAUUACACAGAUUAGAAGUAAUGGAACGCGACAAAGCGGAGAUGUUUUUCAGUAGACAUCUGAAAUGAUAACCAAUACAUGGACUAAGGAGGUGAUGAGCUCGUUUCUACUUCAAGAUCUUGUCCUAUGGAAGGGGGCGACUGUUAAAAGGAAUAUCUCAAUAAUGGUUAACGAUGAAUUCAGCAUGACAAGUAACCUGUUUCGUAGAACUAAAACGAUUGAUAAUGCUGCUCGAACAGUAUCGUUGAAUGAGAGUGGGCCGGCUAUGAUUAAUGGUGGAUGAAAUUAGCUUGCAACGCUUAACGAGAAAGGGCAUGCAAACCCUCUUACUUGAAAUGUUUCAGGUCAAUAUCUGUAUCUGCUUGGAGAAUAGGAGGA